AUGGCAUCCAUAAACGACCUCGCCACGGCGGCCAUAGCAACCUCGGCCACGACUGGCGGUGGACCGGCCGGAGAGGACGGGUCCUCCGCCGUGAAGCCGCCCGCCGGCGUCGUCCGUGGCGCGUUUAUCGCGUUCGAGGGUUUGGACCGGAGUGGGAAGACGACACAGGUGAAGCUGCUCGAGCAGCGCUUCGUCGAACUGGGGAAGAAGGUCAAGGUGAUGCGUUUUCCUGACAGAACAACACCCAUUGGCCAGAUGAUUGACGCCUAUCUCAAGAGCUCGGUCGAGAUGGAAGAUCACGUCAUCCACCUGCUCUUCAGCGCCAAUAGAUGGGAAGCAGUCAAGAAUAUUCAAACCCUCCUGGCCUCCGGGACGACCGUCAUUUGUGACAGGUACUACCACUCGGGUAUCGUCUACUCGGCCGCCAAGCAGAACCCGCACCUAACCCUACACUGGGCGCGCCAGCCUGAGCUCGGUCUGCCGCGGCCAGACCUCGUGCUUUUCCUCGAUCUCGAGGAGGCUAUUGCGAGGGAGCGCGGUGGGUGGGGUGACGAGGUGUAUGAGAAGGCCGAGUUCCAGCGCCGUGUGCGCGAUUUGUUUUGGGGCCUGAGCCUAGGACGCGUCGGGCCGGACGGCGGGCUCGGCGAGAAGGGGAGGGUCGACCGAGAGUUCCGGCAGGAGGAGGAGGAUUUGGUCGUCGUCGAUGCGGGUGCAAGCGUAGAGGAGGUUGCGGAGGAAAUUUGGAGAAAGGUUGGACCAAGGGUGGAGGGGGUCGAGAAGGGAGAGGUUGGGGAUGCCGCCAGGGUUGUGUCGUGA